UUUGGCUUCACCCAGCCUCGUCGGCUCGAUAGUGCCAUUCGGGCUUCUGUGCCAACAGCGCCCUCCCAAAACAAAUCGAGGGGCCAGCAGCAAUGUCUCGGCUGUUCCACUGCGAGGAGCAGUUGCGCAAGCAAGCCGAGCAGCUGACCAAAUUGAAAACCCAGGUUGACAUCCUCCGGGAUUGCAUGAGCGAGCUCAGCUUGCGGCAGCACUCGGCCGUCACCGAGCUGAGUCACAUAGGGAGUCGGUUGCCGGCCAUCGUGCAGCACCCCACGGCGCAAGAUGAGCACCUGGACACGCACCGUCAGCGCAUGGACGCCCAGGACGAGCGCAUGAGAGAGCUCGAGGGCCAGAUCGUCAGGCUCUCGACGAUCAACUCGCCGCUGCCGGCGAAGGACGACCUGGCCCACGAGGCCCCCCCGCACGUGCACGGGGCCAACAAGCUGGAGGAGCACGAGCCGCCGUCGCCGCAGAUUCCCGAGGAAAAGGAAACCAGACCCAGCGAGCCCCCGUCGUACGUGCUGCAGGCGCGGCGCUUGGACAACGGCGCCGGGUACAAGAUGAGCAGGUCGGUGUGGGACAGCUGCCUGUUCGUGGGCCUGAGCGCCAUUGGCCCGACCGUCUCCGCCAUGACGGUGGUGA